AUGGCCACCAGCAAGUUUGGGGUGGCACAGCAGGAAGAAGGACAAAUCGCUCAGGAAGUUGCUGACCUGGCACACGGCGAACCCGAUACAGUUCCUGAAAAGGAUCCACUGCUCGAUGACUACGUGAUCUGUCCGCCCGAUGAAACGUCCGCGGAAAGAAUACUGAGUGAUGGGUCACCAAAAGAAGGACAAGAUGCUGGCGGCGGUAAGUUUGCCGAUUUCGCACCCCCAAAUGAGACUCCUGAUGGUCAGCGACUCCGGUUACCCGGUAUGCGUCCCGGUCCGCGCGAGGAGGCCCAACUUGGCGAGAGACUACCCGUCAUCGAUGAGCAGCAGGAUGUGGAGCUUCAGGAUAUGACGGAAAACAUUCCGGUAGGAGAUGGUUUGUUCAUUGGCGAUCCCAAGGAGGGAUCCGGAGACGAUGAAGAAGAACCGACAAAGGCUGAUCAGUCCAUCCGCUUACCCAUUCAAAUGCCGUCACGACCGGAGACAAGCAGUGAGGCAACUGACAACGCUAACGAAGAUGCAAAGAGCGGUCUGAAACAACUUAACGCUACGACCCUAUACGGACUGGCCGAAGGUGAAACGCGAGAGCAGGGCGUGCAGAAAUAUUUGGACCAACAUCCGGAAGAAGUUAUCCUGGAGUCUCCGGGGUAUCCCAAGCCGUACCCCAACGAAGUGAACGAUAUGCGCAAUUUCUCCAUUGACGGUAGCCGCGGGGUGCAAAUCACGAUUCAUGACCUCGACCUCAACCCGACCACCGACUUCCUGUACAUUCGGCCGGGCAAUGUGGGCGACGAAAACGAAAAGGGACCCGUGCUGACGGGAACCUACCAGGAACCGAUACGAUUCCUAAUCAGCCACACGACCGUCUUCACGAUCCACUUCGUGGCACAGCAGAAACCGGAAGUGGAGCAGACACAUCGCGGUUUUCGGCUUUCGUACGCCCCGUAUGGUGAGCUGAAUUCACCGACAACCCCGACAACGACGGAGGUAAUCGUACCGCAGGAGGAGCUCCAAUGGACGAUCAAGGAGCUGGUCAUUACGGCCGACAUGAUGGAGCUGCAAAGCACCUGGACGACGAUCAAGGAAGCAAUAUCGAAUGCGAGCAAUCUGUACAUCGGCAGUCACAACCUUAGCUAUAUGCCCAGUCGAUCGUUUGAUGUGAAGCUGUUGGCUCGCAAGUGUCCCGAUUCAUGGCGUAACUUUGAGAAUUGCGUCCGACUGGAGUUUGCCGUUCCGCUGCGACCUAUAUUUUACGAGCUGGGGGACGACGACGAAGGACUCGACUUCGGGUUCGGUAAUAAAUUCCUGCAGAAAGGUUUCAUAUCGAUCUCGACGACUGAAGCUACCGAGCCUGCGUACGAACUGAAUGUCGAACGGUUGGAGGAGAUGUGGACCGAGUUCGGACAGAUGGAGCUCCAGCGGACCGGCAUCGAGGUGUACAUUAUGCCGGAGAACGGUCGCAUUCUGAUCACCUGGAUCGCCAUCAGCCUCGCGAUCGUGGGGACGUUCAUGUUUAUUCUGUACACAAUUUGGAAGAUUGACAUUUUCAAGGACUACCGGAGAGUUUCUCGCAAUAGUCACGGCUUCUCGGCGGAUGACGACAAGAACGAGCUCAAGAAGAAAGAGUACGAUAUUUCGAUGUUCCCAUCACCUCACCAGGUUGUGCCGACGUUCUUUCCAACUGGCGAUCCCUACAACCCUGCCGAGGCCGAGGCACAGUACGCUUACGAUAAUAACACCAUGAGCCCUUGGUCGGAAGAUUUCAACGACCCAAGGUAUCCCGAAACGUCGUUUAACGGUGGAGAUCCGCAUGGCAAUCAGCGGAGUACGGUGGCUCGUCCGUACGAACCGAUUUCUCCGGCGGAAUUUACGCCAUCGCACGCGCAGAUGGAUUUUACUGAGUCGCCCCGACUACCGUCUCCCUCGGCCGGGAACCGAAAUAAUCCAUUUUUAUCGCCUCACGAAGGACCUCGGAAGCCUGCCGGUAUCCCGCCACCUCCGCCACCACCCGCUACGCGGCAAUAAACUGUGGCCAAGUUAAUUAAAAAUAUGCGAAAUACCCCAACAAAGCCCAUAAACAACUUCGUGAGAUGGUGGAGA